AUGCUUCUCGAGAUCGGUGACGCGAAAUCCCCAACGGUCUGUGUUGACCAAGUCAAACUUGAAACUUCAAACUCCUCAUCAUUUGACAAGGAUGUUGGAGGAGCUGGUAUAGAUCUCACCAAGUCCUCGCUCGAGAUUCAAGAAAGCGCCAAUGACACAAUCCAAGUUACAAGUUCAGGGCAACUAGAUCCGGAAAAUGCUUGCAACGAAAAAGACAUGGCGGUGGUUGAAGCAGGACCAGAGCCGCCGCCGCCCAGCGAGUUGAAACGCCCCGAGGGCAUAACCUUGUUGUUAUUAACAGUAGGAUUGAUGUUCUCUGUCUUCAUAAUGUCCCUCGAUACUAGCAUUAUUGCAACCGCGAUUCCCAAAAUCAGCACCGAGUUCCACAGCAUCGACCAGAUAGGCUGGUACACCAGCGCCUACUUACUCCCGCUGAUGGCCCUCCAGCCAACGUUUGGCAAGAUAUAUUCAUAUUUCGAUAUCAAAACCGUCUUUUUGGCCGCCUUGCUAGGCUUUGAGGUUGGGUCUGUGGUCUGUGCUACGGCGAAAUCGUCGGUGAUUUUUAUAGUUGGGCGAGCGAUUGCGGGGUCGAGUGCUGGCGCGAUUCAUUCGGGGGGUAUGACCAUUAUCGGGUUGACGAUACCGCUGCAUAAGAUUUCCAUCUUUUUGGGGACGCUGACUAGUAUGGUUGCUGUGGCGGGCCUGGCCGGUCCGCCGUUGGGGGGCUUGUUCACGGAUGUAGCGAGGUUGACGUGGAGGUUUUGCUUCUGGAUCAAUUUGCCUUUUGGUGGGAUAGCGGCAGCUAUAUUUUUGUUGGGGUUCAGGUCGCCGGUGAUGAAGCCGUCGAAGCUUACGUUCAGGCAAAAGCUUAUUGAGAUGGAUAUCACGGGCACUGUUAUGUUUGUGUCAAGUAUGACAUGCCUGUUCUUGGCCCUUCAAUGGGGCGGCACCAACUACGCAUGGUCGAGCUCCAAAGUCUGGGGGUUGAUACUGGGUUCUGGCCUCCUGUUUGUGGCAUUCAUCACUCUGCAGUUACACUUGGGAGAGAGGGCUACGAUACCCCUCCGGAUCUUCCGUAACCGCAGCCUCUCGCUCAGUCUCCUCACCUCCGCACUCUUAUACUUUGGACUCACCGUCCACACCUUCUACCUCCCCUUCUACUUCCAAUCCGCCAAAGGCACAUCCGCCGCCUCUUCCGGCCUCCGCAUGCUGCCCUACAUUGUAACAUUCUCCGUAACCCAGAUGCGCCGUCACGAUGCUAGGCGUCUAUCUCCCAUUCAUGUGGACCGGUUCCGCAAUCUUCACAAUCGGCGCCGUCUCAUCUCUUCCCUCAAAAUAACCUCGGACAUCGGCCAUCCAAUCGGCUACCAGAUCCUCGCAGGCUACGGCUUCGGCUCCAGCAUGCAGUUAUGCGCCACUGCUGUGCGAGCAUCCAUCAGCGAUAGAAAGGAUAUCCCCAUCUCGAGUGCGUUGACGAUAUUCGCACCGUUUUUUGGCGGCUCGCUGGCUGCUGCUGUUGCGCAGAAUAUCUUCAGGGUGGAACUUGUGAGGACCUUGCAGCAUUCGGCGGUGGCUGAUAGUACUAUGGCUAUUGUGGCAGCGGGAGCGACUGGUGGACAGAAUGUGGUGCCGGUUAUGCAAAAGGGUCUUGUUCGAGAGGCAUAUAAUUUUGCCGUGUCCAGAACAUUUCUGCUGGCUGUGGCAAGUGGGGGCCUGGCAUUCUUGUGUACGCUUGGGAUUGAGUGGAAGAAUCUUAAAAGAGCUGCAAAGCAAGAUACGACUGAGGGAAGAGGAUUAAAUGAAACAAAAGGUGUUACUAUCAGUGUACAGGAGAAGAGUUGA